GCUGCGUGAGCCCGCGAGAAUUUAAAAUUUAGAAGUAAAAUCAUGGGUGAAAAGUGCUUUUCUUUCAUCUGCUUUUAGUAGAAACUUACCAUUUGCCAUGACUUGUUUACGAAAUAAGGUAAUAUGGAGUUAUAGAAACUUGCACAGAGUUUGUCGUGAAGUCUUCAAAGAUGAUGAGAUGAUGUUGGAGGCAGCAAAAAAGAAAAUACGCGAAGAUUAUAAACAAAAUAUUAAUGAAACCGACCAAGAGAGAAUUGAAGAGCUCUUAAGGACAGCAGUUGAAGCUGAAAAAGUUAUGAAAAGUUUAAUUGUUCAAGGUGUUCGUAACAAUGAUGGAACAUAUAAACUAAUAUUCAGGAAAGAAACUCAUCUUGAAGAUAAUGCACCUUUACCAAAUAAAUAAAGUAUUUAGAUGUUUAUAUUUAAA